UUGGUCUAAACUUACUUCCAGACUGUUUUUUUUCAGUUUUGAAGUCAAAUUUUUGAGUCUUGUUUUAUUAUUCAUCAACACUUUGAAACUGAAGUUUCCGACUUAAAAAUGUCAAGUAAUGAUACUCCAGAUAAAAUUACUAUCAAAGUAAAGGUUGCUGGUGAAGAUUAUCAUGAUCUUUUGUUUGAUUGGUCAGACAGCGAAGAUGUAGGUCGACAAGUAUUUCGCCAACUUGCAUCGAUAAUAGGAAUACCAAUUCAUAAAAUGAACAGGUUUAUGAUCCAAUGCUAUCCUGAUCCUGAUACUGUGGCAUUUUUUUUCAAUAAAAGAAAUACUCCAACUGGAUAUCAUGACUUUGAUCAUCUGAAAAUUUUAAAUAAUGGUGAUUGCUAUGCACUUGAAAUGACUUUCGAGAAUUAUGAGCCUCCAUUCCACGUAAAUUUAUUUUUGUACAAUCGUUCAAGUUUCGAUGACAAUCAAUGUACAGCUCAGUAUUGUCAACAUAUCAAUGGCAGAGAUUUUAUCAAUCGACAAGUAGAAAUCAUUAAAUAUGGUGAACCAAAAUAUGGAGAGUUUUGGGAUGGAGAUGCAAGAAGUACGAUAAGGUCUAUGGGCAUCCAGCCGUACAUGGACCCAAUCUGCUCAUUUCAAGUCUAUGAUAGGCUCCGUCAUCCUUACUAUCCACGAACUCACGGCUAAUUACUUCAUUUACUUUAUCCACACAAUUCUUAAUUGGGUAAAAACUAAGUUUGGUAAUAGUUCUUGGACGAGUUUGGAUUUUGUGGAGUUGCAAGAUGAUCGAUAUCACAAAUAUUAAUAUUUAUAUUUUAUAAAAAUAGAAGAGAAUCGGAUUAAAAUUUACAAAUAUGCAUUAUAAAUGAUUAAAAAUUUUACCGAAA